AUGAAAGUCCCCCCAACACUCUUUCUAUUGGCUUGCGGAGAGAGUCUUGAAGGAGGUGCUCAUCACCACCUACUUGUCGUCAACGUAGAAUGCUUUUGCAACAUGGAACCGUUUAACCAGCACAUUUCCGGGGGUUCCGCCAGUAGCUUUGCGUUGAAUUUCCGUUGUAUGGAGUUGUAUUUUGCUCUGUCAACUGACAUCGUUGCCGAUUAUGCAUCCGGACAGGUACCUGGUCAGAAGUCCAAUGCCAAGAAAAAAACGAGACAAUGUUGA